GGUUCUCCAGAUUUAAUAGCUGCACGUUCGGUUGCUGAAUUUCUUGGCACUGAUCACCAUGAAUAUACCUUCACUAUUCAAGAAGGUCUUGAUGCUCUUCACGACGUCAUAUAUCAUUUGGAAACUUAUGAUGUAACAACUAUUAGAGCUAGUACUCCAAUGAAGCGACGAAAUGCUUGGAGCGCUCCAUCUGCUGUUGAUUUUCACAAGGAAACUGUUGAUCGUGUAAAGAACUUGCACACUUCUGAUUGUUUACGUGCCAAUAAAUCAACAAUGGCUUGGGGACUUGAGGCUCGAGUACCAUUCUUGGAUAAAGAUUUCCUUGAUGUUGUUAUGACAAUUGAUCCUGAAGAAAAGAUGCCUAAAGAUGGAAAAAUGGAAAAAUACAUCCUUCGUAAAGCAUUUGAUGUUUCAACAACUGGUGAUUCUCAUCCUUAUCUACCCGAUUCGAUUCUCUGGCGUCAGAAGGAACAAUUUUCCGAUGGUGUAGGAUACAGCUGGAUUGAUACUCUUCGUGACAUUAGUGAAAAAUCCGUUACAGAUGACCAAUUAGCUAAUUCUGCUAAACGUUGGUCUAAAGAUCCUCCACAAACUAAAGAAGCCUAUUGGUAUAGAGAACAAUUUGAAAGUUUAUUCCCAGGUGAUUAUUGUACCGAAAGUGUAGUAAGAUGGAUUCCAAGAAGAGAUUGGGGAUGUCCUGAAGAUCCAUCUGGUCGUGCCCAGAGUGCUCAUAAUUCUUCUUAUAAUCAAAAUGAUUUGAAUCGAUUCCAACCUCGUGAACAUAUUUCCGAGCGUCAACUAUA